AUGGAACACAUAAGGAAUUUUUUCAAUACCUUGUUUUGGCACAAAGGGAAAGAAGAUGCUGAUGACAAGGGCUUCGCCAACUACCACCUCGUGGUGGCCACCCUGAUUGCUGCUGUGACUUUCCAAGCCGGCGUGAAUCCCCCUGGCGGGGUAUGGCAGGAGGACUUGUUUAACAAAGAUGGCAAGAAGGUGGGCGAGGCGGGGCGGGCCAUUUACGCCACGGACGAGACGGCCUUCUACAUAUUCCUAGCAUUCAACACGCUCGCCUUCUCAACAUCGAUGUUUCUCAUAAUCUGCCACACCUGGGGCUUCCCUUUAUUUUUCGAGGUGAUCGUUGCGAUGAUCUCCAUGGGGAUAAGUUAUGGGGCCUCGGUCUUCGCAAUCAAGCCGAGUCAUGUGGAGUCCCAGUUCUUGUUGUUUAUUGCAGCGGUUCCGGCUAUCGCGAGGGUUCUCAUCCUGAUUUGCAACGAUUCGCUCACUCAUGAGACGUACCCUUCUAAUUUUGCGCAAAUCAUGGGACACGAUUAUUCCAUAAGGGGGUUUUUAGUUAAACUGUUCAUGCACAAAGGGCAAAAUGACCACGACCAGGAGGUGUACAGCAAAACGUACCGCAACUAUCACCUCGUGGUGGCCACCCUGAUUGCUGCUGCGACUUUCCAAGCCGGCGUGAAUCCCCCCGGAGGGGUUUGGCAGCAGAAGACCGAGGGGAAGCACGAGGUGGGCCGGGCCAUUCACGGCACGGACCCGUCGGCCUUCUACGUGUUCCUGGCGUUUAACACUCUCGCCUUCUCAUCAUCGAUGCUUCUCAUAAUCUGCCACACCUGGGGCUUCCCUUUCUUUCUCGAGGUGGUCAUUGCGAUGAUCUCCAUGGGGAUAACUUAUGGGGCUUCGGUCUUCGCGAUCACGCCGAGUUACAUGGAGUGCCAGUCCUUGUUGUCCAUUGCAGCGGUUCCGGCUAUCGUGAGGAGUCUCAUCCUGGUGUGCAAGUAUGUCCAUGCGAAAAUACAUAAUAAUAGUAAGAACUUUCAUGGUUAAAAGUCAUGCAUGCAUCUUGGUUUUGAGUGGAUUGGCUCUCCAUAAUAGUGUGUUUUCAGUUGGCAUGUGAAUUAGCGAAAGAGAGGAAGAAAGGCACAAUGUUGCAGUUGUAGAAACCGCAGUUGACUUUGGGUGUGACGGUCUGCGGAGUAGAAUAAGCAUGUCAUAUUGGUGAAGCUCUUUCUUUCGAUGUAAAUUUUAAAUCUUGUAAGCACUUUGUGAGAUAUAAAUCGUCUGCAUGUAGACCGUUCGUUGA